GUCCAGAAUCUGAGCCAAGAAGUUGAGAGGUAUGCUUCAACUUUCUGCCUCAAGACACAGAUGACCUUCUGUUUAUCAGGUACUUCAUUGCAUUGAGGAGAUCAGAAAACAAUAUGAAGCUUCCCAUAAAAGAUGAUAUAUGUAUCAUAAAUUUAUUUAAUAGGCUUCAGACAGUGUGAUUCUGAAAUUUAUAGCCAUGGAUACACACAGCAGCCCACUUCCUAGACUCAGAGCUGUUAAUCGCAUUGCACAUUUCACCAAGACAGAGAAAGUGCCUGAGAACACAUUAUCUCAUGAGGAGGAUUUACACCUUAGCCUCCAUGACUCUCUGGAUUCUGAGUCUGAGAGUUUGGUUCAGGAAAGAAUGUAUCAGUUUGAGCUGCAGAGGAGAAUUCAUGAAAAUGAGCAGUUGGUGAACAAAACUCCUACUGAAAAUCAAGAUGAUUCUGAAAAUGAAGAUGAUAAUGAACUGUGGGACAGUUUAGAGGAAUCUUCAAAUAGUGAAGGAAGGAGGUCACUAAAACUGGAACAUGUUAACAGUAUUCUGCAGAAAAACACCUUGAGCAGACAGCAUUCUUUAAACAAAUAUGCUGACCUUCACUAUGAUCCCAAUUGGAAAAAUAUCCAAGAACCAAGAUGGGAAUUUACUCACGAAACAAGACAGCAUCUUCAAGAUUCUUUGGAAGACUUGUUUGAAGACUCAUCAGACCUUGCAGAUGAAGACGAAUCUUCUGCUGGAGAGACCGACAACUUUUAUAUUGAAAAGAGCAGUGUGAGUAGUAAAGCUAGUCAAGCAGUGGAAUUUUCAUUCAGAGACCAUGUCAACAGAAAACAGAAAAAAGCUUUAGGUGCAGGAAAUUCAAACAGAAAACAGAGACAAAGUUCAGAAGCAGAGGAUAAGCUUGAACAAGUUUCCACACCAGUUUAUCUGAAGGAAGGAAAAACAGUGAGCAGUUCUUCCUUACAUUCCCCAUCUAAAUCAAAGUUCGGGUUUCCCAUGUCAUCUGGUCCAGAAGAUACUUUUAAUAUCGAUCCCAAUGCAGACUGUGACCCACCCUACAAAAGGGCAGCUGUAGUUGUUCAACACCCAAGUUCAUAUCAAUUAAAUGACUGGCAACCAGAAGAGAAGUUUGAAGUAGCAGAAAAGCAGUCCAUGGCGUACAAGGCAGAAAUGAUUUGUAAAAGAGAUAAUGGUAAUAUACCUAGUAAGCAAUAUUUACCCACAAACUCUAACAAAGUGAGAAGUAUACAUUCUCCGAAGAACACAAAUCCCAAAAAAGACAUAAUAGAAAGAAACAAGCUAACUUUAGGAGUCAGUACACGUAAGAAUGGUUCAUAUGUAAAACUGCUGAGCAGAAGGAAAGAAGAUGUUGAAAACAAGACAUGUCUGCAUGUUGCUGCUGGUCAAGAGUCAUUCCAAGUGCCCUCAGAAACAGAGAACACUAGCAUGGAUCCUGAGGAGAGGUGGCACCAGAGAGCACAGAGACUAAAGAAAAUACAAAACAAAACACAAACUGACAUCAUGCAAGAGUAUGGUCUUAGUAAGUCAACAAUUAGUGAUAUUUGGAUUAACCGUGGGAAAUACAAAUCCUCUGGACAGUUUGCUGACAGCAGCAAGAACAUGCAGAAAUCUCCAUAUGAUGACACUGAAGAAGCUCUCUUCCUUUGGUUAAAGCAAGCAUUUUCAGUCAGUGUCCUUGUGUCUGGUGCAAUAUUAAAAGAGAAGGUGGUUAUUUUUGCCAAUGAACUUGGUCACGGUGACUUUAACUGCAGUGAUGGCUGA